AUGUUUGCGCAGGCACUCGACAUGUCACUGCGGCAGUUGGCUCAAACCACCAAAGGUCUAAACGAGGCCAAAAAACAGCGCUCUCGGCCGGAUUUCAAGGCAAAUCCAGCUGGCUUCGAUGGGGGUGUAGAGCUUCUUCGCUCACGUGCACAGGAAGUCAUGAUGGUAACACAGGCGCUGAUGCAGAAGGCCUCGGGAUCACUUCCCGAACUACAGUUGGCUGUGACAGAUGCCAUUAUGAAACUACAGGAACUUGCACUCGAUACAAAGUCCCUCUCGUCGUCAGUUGUAGAUCCUGCGGACAGAGAGUGUCUGUUCCAAUCCGUGAUGAGCAUGAUCGGAGGCUUGGAGAGUCUGCUGAAGCAGCUGAGGCAAGUAGCUGGCAAGGGCAAGGAUGUCACCAAACCAGCCAUAAAACCUCUGGUCAAGGAUGUAAUUAAGGCUAUUGGGUCGGUACUAGAUGUGCUAGAUGCCACUGAAGCGCAGCAAGCGAAGCUCAUGGAAGCUAGACAGAAGGCUGCUGAGGUGGAGGUCGAGAAACAGCGCGACACUAUGUUAGAUUCUGCGCGAAAGAUUGCACAGGUGGCUAAAGACCUUGCGGCAAUGUCGAAGAAGGCGGCGCCUGCUCAUCAGGUGUGA